AUGAACGUCUUCGCAUGUCUGUCUGUUAUUGUUCUGGCUGCAAUAUGUCAGGGACUUUUGUUUGAGAAAAACGAAUGUACAGACAACAGUGAUUGUCUAGCGUCUCAGUGCUGUGUUAAUGACUUUCGGGGUCACUACUGCGCUUACUACCAGAACGACACAGACCCGUGUCAUCGUCCUGGACACCAUGCAUAUGUCUACAAAUGUGGAUGCGCUCAAGGUCUAGUAUGCGAGCAUUUCCAUUUACAUCCCGGUACAGUUCCGCCUUCCGAUGAUCCCCUUUCAUCUAUAGAAGGAGCUGUAGAAUCUGCAGGACUUGGUUUCUGCACUGCUGCGCAACAUUGA